AUGGACUCCAGUAGUUUAAAGAUGCCUGCCCUGGGAAGACCUUUUUCCUUGGGGAUGCUGUACGACGCUCGCAAGGAUGAACUGAUAACGGGAUUUUCAAUGUGGAAAGAACAGUUUCUGGAGAAGAAAACAAAGUCAGAGCACAAUCACAGCAGUUCUUUUCAGGUUUUAUCCUCUGAUUCUCUUCAAGAAAAAUCCUCUCUCUGUGAUCUUGGAACUUCCCUUAAAGCAAGUUUCUUGAGUGGUCUGAUUGAAGUUGGUGGCUCUGCCAAGUAUUUGAACGACAAGAAGGAGUUCAAAAAUCAGAGCAGAGUGAUCCUCCAUUACAGGGCCAUUUCUUACCUCUCUAAAUUGUUAAUGACACCAAGUGAAGCGCAGAGUGAAGGCGAGCUCACUGAUAAAGUGAAGAGCAUGGCAACACAUGUGGUGACAGGCAUUCAGUAUGGUGCAAACGCUUUCUUUGUCUUUGACAGUGAGAAGGCAGAAGAGAAGCCUUUCCAGGCCACCUUGAAGGCUGCUAUACAGACUUUGAUAGCUGAUGGUAACACCUCAUCGUCACUUAAAGAGGAAGAAAGCUUUCUAAACAGCAUCUCUUGCAAAUUUUAUGGAGACUUUCUCUUUGAAAACAACCCCACAACUUUUGAAGAGGCACUAAAGACCUACCAGAGUCUUUCAAAGAAACUUCUAGAAGAUACCAAAAAUUCUGUGCCAGUUCAAGUCUUUCUGACGCCACUGAAGUCCUAUGACCCCACUGCUGCUGCAGUGACAGGGGAAAUCUGUGAGGGGCUAAUCACUAAAGCACAAAACAUCUUUGAGGAUCUGAGUCAAAUUGAAAUGAGAUGCAAUGACAUUUUGGACAUGACGGCACUGAAGAACUUCUCCAGUUAUUACAACAUUUUCCAGAAAUUUUCAGACCUUUGCAAAAUGUUUGAAAAAAACCUGAGAGAUUUUCUGAAGGAGAAUUUUCCUUUGAUCCGUGCAGGAAAAGUUUGUAAUAGCUCAGUUGAAAAGGAGCUUGACCUAAAAAAGACCCCAUUAGACAAUUUAGAAAGAUGGAUCUCUGACAAGGAAGCAGAAGUAACUGCUAUGAAUAUCUGCCUCAAAUCAAUGGAGGGCAUUAAAAUUGUCCCCAAUGAGUCCCAACUGAAAACAGAAACGUUUGCUCAAGGUGUGGUUCAUGCUCUGUGCUUCACUUUCACCUCUCUGGAGGAUGAGGACCCAUACAUUGAUCAGAUGGAGAGUUCCCUUCACUCACAAAGCUUUAAGAAUGUCUAUAAGCCUAAACAAGACCAGUGGUACCAUUCAAAUGCAAUAAUACAACAACUCCGCAGAAAAGCGGAAGAUCUCCAAAACAUGGCCAAAGGCCUGAAAGCCAACAGCAAAUUCCUUUUCCUAGUAGCUGCAGCAAACAAUCCAAAAUACCAGGGAGCAAGCAUCUACUAUUACAAGGAAGGAUGUCUGGUCUCAGAGGAUUUUUCAAAGCCAGGUGUCCCUCCAGCGAAGAAUAUAACAAGCAAAGAAGAUCUGAUUUGGUAUGCCUGUGAUCUGACGCUGAACCCAAACACAGCAAAUGGUUAUCUCGUUCUUUCAGACGAGAACAAAAAAGCAACAUGUACAUCAACAUGGAAGUACUAUGACAGUCACCCAGAGAGGUUUGAUAAGCCUCAAGUGCUGUGUAACGAAGGGUUGUGUGGGGAGCGGCAGCACUAUUACUGGGAGGUAGAGUGGAGUGAGGGGUCAUACAUUGGUGUAGGUGUUGCGAUCAAGUCAAUUGAAAGGCAAGGUGUGCUUCUUGGGGAUAAUGAGAAAUCUUGGUAUUUUGGCCAAUAUCAGGGGCUUGUGGCAAAGCACAAUGGCCAAGAAUGGCCCAACCCCACUCCCUCUGGAGGAGUAAAGAAAAUUGGAGUUUAUCUGAAUUUUGGUGGAGGCACUCUGUCUUUCUACAAAGUGUCAUGUAACACAUUAGAACACCUGUACACCUUUAAGACCUCAUUCAAUGACCAUGUCUAUCCAGGUUUCUACAUUUAUCCAGCUGAAGGUUACUGCAUGCUAACUCCUGUCCAAUAGUGCUGGAAAGGGAAAAGGAAACUCUAAUCUUGGCUGUGGGCCUCUAUUGAGUCACUUUUCUGUCAUGACUUGCAGUUAAGCCCAAAGUAAAUCAUAAUCCUGGCAGAUUCUGAUUCCAUGUUUAAUGCCUUUUAAUGAAAACUUCACUUCUGAAAGGAACAUUAAAACAUAAGAUAAUUUGAAAAUAGGUCUAACACUUUAUAUAACUGCCAAAACGUGUUAUGAUCUGUCAUUCUGGGAUUUUUGGUUCUGUUUAGGUUUCACUCUGGGUUUUCAGUUAGGCUUGGGUUUAUGUUAUUCAGUUUUUACUGUUAAGAAUUAUAUCAUUUUUGAACUACUUAUUCAUGUUUGGUGGUUUUACAGUUAUCUUCUAUUCAGCAUUCCUUAGUCUUUGCUCUAGGAAUAAUUAACAGCAGGCCACACCAAUGUCAGUCCUCGAGGGCUGCUGUCCUGCAGGUUUUAGAGGUGUCCCUGCUUUAGCACAGCUGAUUUUGAUGAUUGUUGCUGAACAAAAGCCUGUUGAUCAGCUUUCAGUGAAAAUCAGCUGUGCUAAAGCAGGGAAACCUCUAAAACCUGCAGGACAGCAGCCCUCCAGGACCAACCUUGGGGAUGCCUGAUUUACAGUUAUCUUUAGGUUAUGUUUCGCAGUUACUCUACAGUGACCCCUAGUGUCACCUUCCUUCCCAUUGGGUAUCUUUUAGUUUUUUCUCCCCACACCUGUUCCCACUUAGAUCAUUACUCCAAUCUUUGUCCUCCUCAGUGUAUAUUUACCCCUCCUCUGCAGUUUGUCUUUGAUGGAUCUUCAUUUUUUCAUGUUCCUCUCAGUCAUGUACUCUCUACAUACUACUGUUGCUUUCAUCAUUAAAUCUAUGAGACAACAUCUCUGCCUCCGUCUUAGCAUUUUUGGUCCAGCUACAAACUUCUAUAUUAAGAUUAUAUAUUGUUAUUCAUAAAGCCAACACCUUUGGUUCCCAUAGAAUCAGAAUGUCUGACAUUUGUUUUUUAAAUAGCGAGUUAAAAGUUAUUCAUAAACCCCUUGAUGAUAAUGACAAAAAUUCUCUGAUGUAAAAAUAAUCAAAUCUUUCUUGUAAUUGCUGAGCAGCUUUAUGCAGCUGUCCACUGGUACAAUUAAAUUGUAGUUUGUAGACAAGUGAUGUUGAAGUGCUUCUGUGGUUUAU